AUGGAGGCGGAGUGGUGCUCUGCUGCGCACUGCGGUUCUCGAGCUGCAGACGUGUUGGCCUCGUCAACGCCUGGAGACGCUCCAGCGCAGCCUACUAUACCGAAGCCCUGUGGGCGACUCGGUGCGUACGGACUGCGUGCGGGUUCGAGGUCGCACGAUUCGGACGCAAAGACGCUGACGCAGCGAACGUGGGUGGCGGGGAACGACCCAGCCUCACCGCAGCGGAGCGGCGGGUGGACUGGGCCCGACGCUCUAGCAAACACUGCGAGUAAUUCAGCAACACAGGGCUCGCUGUACUGGGACCUGGACCAUCCUGCCGUACAGAGGCACGCUAUGCGCUCGAACUGGAUCGAAUCGAGGCUCCCAGUAUACUGGAACUACGCCGGGCACUAUCUAGCGGGCGCUGAGCCCGUGGAUGCUGCCUACAUGCGACCGAAACUACAACCGAGUUGCCGAGCGCCGGUGGUUUACGCCAACCCCUCCUACUCGGCACCCGUGUUGCUGGACAGAAACUGUUGGCAGACGGUGCAAUUCGCCCAAAAUACUGAGCGGAAUGUCAAGGGCUGGUCCACAACCAAGUCGUCCUGGAACGACGAGGCGCGGUGCCUGCCUCCGACUGGGGCCGUCCCAACUAGCGUUGUCGGGUCUGGCUCGAAAAUGAGCUGGCCGAUCUGGUAUGCAAGUCCUCAAUCAUGGCCACCACAGGUCCAGGCCUGUCCGACAGUGCCGCAUCCAGCGUACUGGCCUAUGGGAGCUGCUCAUAUGGCCGGACAGGCAGCACGCCCGGACGGUGUUCCAGCAUUAGCAGUUCCGUCCGCCGCGGCUGCAUCGCCACCUGGAAAUGUCACCGACAUGCCAUCUUCGGGGAGCGACGCAACGUUAACGCAUGCUGACCAGCGGAUGAAAAAGCCCAAGAAAAAGAAAGAAGAACGGAUGGCGUAUCUGCGGUUUACCGAGGAAGAGGAGCGGCUCCUUCUCGAAGGCGUCGCGCUCUAUGGCAUCGGGAACUGGAAGACAAUCCUCAAUAAGAUGGAGGGCUUCCAUCCGAAACGCACGCCAAUGAAUCUCAAAGACAAGUUUCGGAACAUUCUCCGCGCGCGAAUGCGCCAAUCUGCGGGCGGUCGCAUGCGUCCGAACCUCGCGCCCUUGCUCAUAGCCUCAACCUGCGGCGCCGAUGCAGUCGCAGCGGCUCAGAAGCGGCGCAAACCUUAUGAAAAGAAGACCUGUGCACAAAAGAACUGCGAGUGUGCUGAUUCGGUCUCGCCGAAUGAUCAUGCAGAUGUGCUAACCGAACCAGGGCUUGGAACGGCCUAA